AUGGAUCCCUUGGCUACACAGCAGCGUAUAGUCUCUGAACCCACACGAGGGUCGGAAAGGCCAGGUAAUGACAUAAAGUCUCUCGUAAUCUCAUUUUUCACUACGUUCACCAGAGCAGAUGAUGUCCAGCCAUACAUUCGCUCCAUCAAGAAUAUCUUGGAAACUCAUGACUCCCUUGUCAUCGAUAUCGGAGAUAUCCGAGGCCAUUCUCCUCAACUGUAUGAUAGACUCGUUGUACAACCCGCGCACGUGCUUCAAGUGAUUACCCAGGUUGUUGAAUCCAUGCUAGCUGAAGAGUCCUCCGGCUCUACACCUUACCUCAAGCCAAAUAUAAUACUGCAGUAUACUUCACUGGACGGGUCCCUACGUCCCUCUGAACUACGGGCAAAGCAUAUCAACCGUUUAGUUUCUGUUCGAGCGAUUGUCUCUGGAACCUCCCGGCUCCGCUCUAAAACACAGCUGCUUGUUGCCAAGUGCCGCGGUUGUGGCCACAAGUAUCGCCAAGCUCUUGUUAGUGGACUGGAUGCAAUCGUUCUUCCCACUACCUGCCUGAGUGAAAAAGCACAAGGUGACUCUUCCAAAUGUGGAAAGUCACCAUACGUUAUUAACCCGCAUAGUUGCGUGUAUAUCGAUCAACAAAGCAUCAAACUCCAAGAUAUACCCGGAGACAUGCCAUUCUAUAGGCCGACAGGAGGUGACGAUAUCGAGGGACUUGGGGGUCUCGAGGGAGGUGCACAAGCAGGUACAGCUGAGGAUGGGGGCUCUACUGUCUUACCAGCUGUUUUAGAGGGUCAUGUGGUAAAGCCGGAUCUUCUGGCCGGAUGCAAGCUUAUUGUGACGGGUACCUUGGUUGCUAAGCCAGGAACAAAGAUAGUGUACUUGCUAGGACAUGGCAUACACGUCGUAGACUCAGCAGAUGAGUUCGAUCAUAUUCAGACAGUGCAGAACUUCUACUCUGCGGAAGAUAUACCAAAGUUUCACGCAUUUAAAAACCAACCAAAUGUGAUUUCAGUCAUAGAGUCACUGAUUGCUCCUCAAAUUGAAGGUAUGGAGGAUGCCAAACGAGCUAUUGCAUGUCUUCUUUUUGGGGGAACUAAUAAGUAUACGCAAGAGCUAAUACGACUUAGAGGCAACAUAAACGUUCUCCUAAUAUCGGACCCAGGGUUGGGGAAGAGUGAGCUGCUUUUGGAGGCGUCUCGCCUGGCUCCAAUUGGCAUCUAUACAAGUGGCAAAUCAACCUCUGCAGUAGGGUUAACCGCCGGCGUUAUGCGCGAUAAGGCCACAAGCGAGUUUUUUCUAGAAGGGGGUGCGCUUGUCCUUGCAGAUAAAGGGAUUGUUUGCAUAGACGAGUUAGACAAAAUGAACGAGACAGAUAGAGUGGCACUCCAUGAAGCGAUGGAACAAGGAUCCAUUUCAAUUAGCAAGGCAGGAAUCUCCACCACGCUUAAUGCACGGACAUCCAUACUUGCUGCAGCUAAUCCGACCCUCGGUCGUUUUGAUGACUUUCAGAAAGCAGCUGACCAGAUAGACUUCUCCGUGACCAUCUUAACCAGGUUUGAUCUUGUGUUCAUGCUGAAGGACAAACAGAGCCCAGAAAGAGACGCAAUGAUUGUCAACAAAAUAGCUAGGAUUGCAGCGGGAGAAAGACCCGCCUCUGUGGCUUCACACCAGGAGCAGAACCCAAUGUUUACCCAGUCAUUCCUUAAAAAGUAUAUAGCCUAUGCGCAAGCAACCUGUACGCCCAAGUUAGAUCAGAGCUCUCUAGAAAUCUUGAAGGCUGCCUACAUAAGGUAUAGAGCAGAUGCUCUUAAGAACAGCUCUGCUAUUCCCAUCACUGUGAGACAGCUAGAGGCACUUAUACGCCUCUCUGAGUCGUUUGCAAAAAUGCGUCUUUCCCCAGUUGUGACAGUGGAGGAUGUAGAAUACGCAAUCGACAUCUUCCAGAAGAGUACCGCAGACGCACUUCAGGCAGGGAUAUCUGACCCCUCGUUAACUAACUCUACCAUAAUUGCACAGGUGGAGCAAACACUCUUAAGAAUGAUACCCCAUGGUGCCAUACUUUCCAAAAGCGCUGUUCUACGGGACUCGGCACGCUUGGGUCUAUCGGAGGCUGUAGUUGUCUACGUCAUCACCAAAUUAAUCAACUCCAACGUCCUGGAGGUAAUUCGAGGCACCAUGUUGAAGAGAAAAUAA